GCUUCAUUAUUCCAUCACAUUUAAGCAUGCUGGUGACACGAAUGGGACCAAAAAUGCAAACAUUUUACCACGUUUUCUAGCUUGAUGAAUCCGCCUUAAACCAAAUAAUCUGGUUUGAUCAGGCAAGGACUGGUUGAUUCAAUGAUUUCAACUGUUGUAUGUUAUGUUGAAUUUCAAGCUAGAGUGAUACAGGCAUAGUUGCUACCAACGACGUUCAGGUUACAGACAUCAUUAGCAGAACAGGAAAAUCUUGAGGAUGUCAGCCAUGGAUCAGACUCAGGCAGAAAAAGAUCUGUUUGGAGGAGCCUUGUCUGCAAUAUUCCCUCCAGAUGCUCAAGACAUGAGUAAAUUCCGAGAAAUUCCAGACCACCAGGAGGUGUUCACUCACUCCGUCACCGACCAAAGCAUCAUCGUAGAAAUUCUGGAGUAUGUUCAGGAGCCUGACGACAUCGCUCUCAAGACACAUUACGAUGACUUGGUGCGGGACAAUGACGUGAAGGAAGGUGAUCAUGUCAUCCUAGAGGCUGCCGAGAUGCCUUCUCACAAACUAGCCAUGUCACAGUGUCAAAGUGCUCGCUAUGUCCUGGGACAACAGAAGGUUUCCAAGUUCAAGGAAGACUCUACGAAUAUAAUCAACAUACACAUGGGAUUGUUCCGUAUCCCAGAAUUCACGACUGACAUCCUGGUAACCUUCAACGACCCAGUUAUGAUAAAUUCAAUGAGCAGCAGCAACCAGGCUGUUCCUACAAAUGCAGAUCGCUGGACUGUGGAGGAGUUUCAGCAGCUCUUGGCCACUUUGACCAUCAAUGACACUGGAUUGUUCGGAGCUGAAUGAACUGGCUUGUUGCACGAUGGAUGCCAGCCAGGCAUUGUAGAGGUCGGUAAGGGUGUUUCAAGCAUUGUUCACAAUGGUGGGAGGGACCAGGGCACCUAGCUUAUUGUGUGGAUGAGAUGGAAAGAAACUUUGAACAAUAAACAGCAAUGGUUGUUCAGAAGGACUCGCCUAAAACAAAAGUUCUAUUUAAGAACUAGCUGACAAGUAGGAUCCCAAACUGGGUUCCUUGGAGAGAAAUGCUCAUAACCAGGGAACUUACAAGAAAUUUCUUGUCAACCAGGGUACUUUUCAGGGACCUACCCACAGGGACUUUGGAGUCACUUACCCACAAACAGUGACUGAGGAGGGACUUAACCACAAUCAGGUUACUAAUGAGGGACUUACGUGCAAAUAGAAAUUUCAUAUCCACUUACCUACAAUGAGGGACUUGAGAGUGAAUUACACACAUCAAGAGUACUUUGGACGGACUUACCCAUACAUGUACUUUUGAGGGACAUGACCACGUCCAGGGUAGUUUGGUGGGACUCAAAUUACUAGCAGAGUUUUUUGGAGGGACUUAUACUGACAAGGGGUACAAUCAUUUCAAGGACUUUCUUUUACCCACAACCAGUGAUUUUGGCGACACUUACCACAACCAGGUUACUUCUGAGGGACAUUCCCACAACUUAAGUAUUUUGGAGUGACUUACCCACAACUAGGGUAGUUUGGAGUGAGUUACCCAACUAGGGUAGUUUGGAGUGAGUUACCCAUCACUAGGGUAGUUUGGAGUGAGUUACCCACAACUAGGGUAGUUUGGAGUGAGUUACCCACAACUAGGGUGGUUUGGAGUGAGUUACCAACAACUAGGGUAGUUUGGAGUGAGUUAUACCCACAACCAGGGUAGUUUGGAGUGA